AUGGUGGAGGAUCUGGUGGAGGAGGCUCCGGUGGAGGCUACGGUGGAGGAGGAUCUGGUGGAGGAGGCUCCGGUGGAGGCUAUGGUGGAGGAUCUGGUGGAGGAGGCUCCGGUGGAGGCUACAGUGGAGGAGGAUCUGGUGGAGGCUCUGGUGGAGGCUACGGUGGAGGAGGAUCAGGUGGAGGAUCCGGUGGAGGCUACGGUGGAGGAGGGUCUAGUGGAGGAGGCUCCGGUGGAGGCUACGGUGGAGGAGGGUCUAGUGGAGGAAGCUCUGGUGGAGGCUACGGUGGAGGAUCUGGUGGAGGAGGCUCCGGUGGAGGCUACGGUGGAGGAGGAUCUGGUGGAGGAGGCUCCGGUGGAGGCUACGGUGGAGGAGGAUCUGGUGGAGGAGGCUCCGGUGGAGGCUACGGUGGAGGAGGAUCUGGUGGAGGCUCUGGUGGAGGCUACGGUGGAGGAGGGUCUAGUGGAGGAGGCUCCGGUGGAGGCUACGGUGGAGGAUCUGGUGGAGGAGGCUCCGGCGGAGGCUAUGGUGGAGGAGGAUCUAGUGGAGGAGGCUCUGGUGGAGGCUACGGUGGAGGAGGGUCUAGUGGAGGAGGCUCCGGUGGAGGCUACGGUGGAGGAGGAUCUAGUGGAGGAGGCUCCGGUGCAGGCUACGGUGGAGGAGGAUCAGGUGGAGGAUCCGGUGGAGGAUAUGGUGGAGGAGGAUCUGGUGGAGGAGGCUCCGGCGGAGGCUACGGUGGAGGAGGAUCUAGUGGAGGAGGCUCCGGUGGAGGCUACGGUGGAGGAGGAUCCGGUGGAGGAGGCUCCGGUGGAGGAGGCUCCGGUGGAGGAGGCUCCGGUGGAGGCUACGGUGGAGGAGGAUCUGGUGGUGGAGGCUCCGGUGGAGGCUACGGUGGAGGAGGAUCCGGUGGAGGAGGCUCCGGCGGAGGCUACGGUGGAGGAGGAUCUAGUGGAGGGGGCUCCGGCGGAGGCUACGGUGGAGGAGGAUCUGGUGGAGGAGGCUCCGGUGGAGGCUACGGUGGAGGAGGAUCGGGUGGAGGAAGUGGAGGAGGAAAUGGAUACGUAG